AUGCAGGAGAAGUUGAACCAAAUAAUAUUCGACCUUGUGCCAUUGAAAACCCUGGUGGAUGAUGUCAAAAGCAUCAAGUCUGAAAUAGCGGAUUUGAAAACAUCUGUGGAAAUGGCACACAAUUCUAUAAGUGACUUCACUGCAGUUGUGUCGACUUUGGAUGCGCGUGUGUCAAAUGUUGAGAAGAUUGCUAAUAGGAUCCCGAACUUACAGGCGGAAGUGAGUAGGUUGAAGCAGGAGAUGGAAGAAAGAGAUCAAUGGGCAAGAGCCAAUAAUGUCGAGAUCCGUGGGAUUCCCCUCAAAAGGGGUGAGAAUCUGUACGAGAUUGCUCAGAAGAUCGGUGACAUGAGCAAUUUUCCGAUCAGAAAGGAAGACAUCAAUUAUAUCGCGAGAAUACCUACUCGGGUGCCGAAUGCAGAAAAACCGAUUAUUAUUGCAUUUAAUAGUCGAUAUACUAAGGAAGACCUUGUGGCAUCAGCGCGUAGAAGAAAGGAGUUGAUGCUGACUGAUUUGGGUUUCUCUGCAACAGGUCAAUUUUAUGUAAACGACCACCUGACUCAGAAGAACAAGGCGCUGUUAAGUAAAGCAAGAGCCUUAGCUCGAGAAAAGGAUUUCCGAUACAUUUGGGUAAAGCAUUCGAAGGUAAUGGCCAGAAAAUCCGACACGUCACAAAUUUUUAUUAUAAAAAACGAAAAAGAUCUCCUAAAAAUAGUAUAA